AUGCCGACGAACAACCUUGACGAGCUCCGCCAUCUGUCUGUCCCGGCGCAUGACAUACCGAGAAAGGCGGGCAAGGCUCCGAAGGGCGGGUGCAGCUCACGUCGUCCCCUCCUGGAGCCGAUUGAAGUCACCGACUACCAGGCGGUGGUGCGUCAGAUAGAGCGCAAGGAAAAGCGGCGGGAAGGACGCGCCGCGCUCCUUGCGGAGAUGAAGCAGGAAGAGGCGGCUCGCAAGGCUCACCGCUUCAAGAUGUGGGUGAUGCUCCUGCUGGGCAUUGUGCUGGCGCUGGUGGCGGCGGCGCUGAGCUACUCCCCGCCCUGCCAGCAUGCGGCUGACUUGCUGGUAGAGCAACUGCGGGCGUACUUGGGGUUGCUGUAG